AUGCAGCAUUCACAGUUGGCCCCAUUGCCAAACGACGUGCCCUUCCGCAUUGUCUCCAAGACAAUCGGACAGGGUGCCUAUGCCUGCAUCAAAAAAGCCUGCCCCCUGGACUCGGACAACCCGGUCUUCGCGGUCAAAUACAUCCACAAAGAAUACGCGGCGAGACACGGCAAGAUCAGCGCGCGACAGCUGGCCCUGGAAGUGUCUGUGCACAAGCAUGUGACGGGGCACCCCAGUAUCAUAAGCUUUUACCAGACUGGAGAGGAUUCCGUUUGGCGAUGGAUCGCCAUGGAAUUGGCGGAAGGGGGUGAUCUUUUCGACAAGAUUGAGGCCGAUGAAGGUGUGGGAGAGGAUAUCGCACAUGUCUACUUCUCCCAACUUGUGAGUGCGGUUAGCUUCAUGCAUUCAAAGGGAGUUGGCCAUCGCGAUAUCAAACCUGAGAAUAUGCUACUCACUUCAGACGGAAACUUGAAAAUCGCGGAUUUUGGCCUGGCGGCGCUGUUCGAAUACAAGGGAUCCCGCAAGUUGUCUUCCACCUUUUGCGGUAGUCCACCAUACAUCGCACCGGAGGUAAUCACUUGCAGCACGCGAGGACAGAUCAAGGGAUCAGGAUACCACCCUGACAUAGUGGAUAUUUGGUCUUGCGGUAUUGUCCUCUUUGUCCUCCUAGCGGGGAAUACUCCGUGGGACAGCCCAACCGACGAUAGUUACGAAUUUCACGAAUAUCUGGCUACAAAUGCACGCACAACGGAUGAGCUAUGGCAGAAACUACCUCCUGCGACUUUAUCUUUGCUGAGAGGCAUGUUGACUGUGGAUCCCAAAAAUCGAUUCUCGCUGGAGGAUGUACGAAGACAUCCGUGGUAUACCCGGGCCAACAAAUUCCUGUCGCCUGAUGGCAAGCUUAGAGAUCCAAUCAACUUGGCAACCUCAAUGUUUGAGUCUCUGCACAUCGACUUCAGCCAGGAUCCACUUUCUCGGAAACGCAAGGGUGCCAGUCGAAGCCUUGAUGUCAUGGACAUGGACAUGGAUAUUGGUGGUGGUGGUGAUGCUGGAUUCUCUUCAACGCAGCCUGAAAUGCCAGGCGGUGGCAUGGUGGUGGACUGGGAUGCUCCUCAUUUGGCUUCCGGAGUUUUCUCAUCUACCCAGCCGGCUGGAAAGCCAUUUAACACCCAAGAGGCAGCCAUGGCCAAUCAUCUUGAAGAUGAGCCGUCAAUGUCUCAGUUCUCCCAGCAACCUUCUGUGCCACUAAGCCGCACUCAGAACGCUCAGAAAUUUCAAGACAUCAUCCCGUCCCGCUCAAUGAACCGCUUCUAUUCAGCCUGGGAGCUCAAGCUUCUGGUCCCCUUGAUUUGUGAGGCUCUUCAUAGACUCGGGGUCCCGGUUCCUACUGUUCCUGCCGUGAGUAGUGGAGACACCUCUGCGAUGAUUCGUGUCAUUACAAAGGAUGGCCGAUUAUGUCAACUCCAGGGUAAGGUUCUCUUCGAGUGUGUGUCCGAGGGCAUCUUCGAAGUCGAAUUUGUGAAGGUCAAGGGUGAUCCACUUGAGUGGCGCCGAUUCUUCAAGAAAGUGACCAUUCUUUGCAAGGAUGCGGUGUUCAAGCCUGAUGAAUGA